AUGACCUUUUCUAUCUCCACAAUAACCUUUUCUAUCUCCACAAUGACCUUUUCUAUCUCCACAAUGACCUUUUCUGUCUCCACAAUAACCUUUUCUGUCUCCACAAUGACCUUUUCUGUCUCCACAAUGACCUUUUCUAUCUCCACAAUGACCAUUUCUGUCUCUACAAUGACCUUUUCUAUCUCCACAAUUACCUUUUCUGUCUCCACAAUUACCUUUUCUAUCUCCACAAUUACCUUUUCUAUCUCCACAAUAAUUUUUUCUGUCUCCACAAUGACCUUUUCUAUCUCCACAAUAACCUUUUCUAUCUCCACAAUGACCUUUUCUAUCUCCACAAUGACCUUUUCUGUCUCCACAAUAACCUUUUCUGUCUCCACAAUGACCUUUUCUAUCUCCACAAUAACCUUUUCUGUCUCCACAAUGACCAUUUCUGUCUCCGCAAUGACCUUCUCUGUCUCCACAAUGGCCUUUUCUGUCUCUACAAUGACCUUUCUGUCUCCACAAUGA